CCUCCUUCCCUCCGCCUUUCUUUCUUCCCUGCUGGCCUCUCCCUCUUUUCUCUGUCUUCUCAUUCUGUUGGCACCCUUGCUCUAACUGGCAGUUUUUCCCAGCUCCUUGUUCAGGCCAGUCCUUCCAUGCUGUCUUCAAGCCCUGCUUCCUGUACAUCUCCCAACCCAGACAAGGACAACCCAAGUAAGAAGGUCCAGUGGGCUUCUGGAAGGAGGAGGACGUCAUCCACAGACUCAGAGUCCAAGUCCCACCCUGACCCCCCCUCCAGAGUGUCCAGGUCCCGGAGACCCAGCCGGCUCACAGUGAAGUACGACCGGGGGCAGCUCCAGCGCUGGCUGGAGACGGAGCAGUGGGUGGAUGCGAAAGUGCAGGAGCUCUUCCAGGAUCAGCCAAGUCCUUCUGAGCCUGAGAUUGACCUGGAGGCUCUCAUGGAACUAUCCAUAGAGGAGCAGAAGACCCAGUUGGAGGCUAUUCUCCAAAACUGCCCUCGCCCCACAGAGCCUUUUAUCUCUGAGCUGCUUAGUCAACUCAAGAAACUCCGGAGACUCAGCCGGCCUCAGAAAUAAGCCUUGUGAGACCAACAUCAACAGCCUCAGCACUGCCAGGCCUGCCUUGAAUCUCUGGAUCCUGGGCUGAGAGAGAAACAACUCCUUGGGACACAGACAAAGAACAUGGAGGACAAGGAGGGACAUUUGGACACCCCUAGUGUAUGUGCAGUCACAGCUAGUUCCUGUCGCUGGGCUUUCUGGGAGCCAGUCAUGGCUGUUUCCCAAUGCUUUCCUUGGCAACCAAGUGGAUAAAACCUUUAGGAGCCCCA